AUGGUGCGCGUCUGCUGCAUCGCCAUCCCCUCCAAGAAAAAGGGGGAUGGCGGAGACGCAAAGGCAAAGGAGGCGAAUUCCCCCGAGACAGUCGCGAAAGACACGAAGUCGAAGGACGCGAAAUACAAGAAAGCGACCUCGAAGGAGAAAAUUCUGGCCCAGGUUCCGAAGCAGCCUCUUGUCGAAUUGAUCAAGCUACCUCCUCCGGCCAAGUUGCCCGGAAGCAACUACAACACGGAACUCCUGCUCAGCGGAACCAACACGGGAGGCUCUAUUGCGUCCUCUCACCGCUCAUACAUGCGCUCUCCUGAGUUGGAUUUCAUUCCUGAUCCCACCGAGGUCGAAUAUGUAUCGGACCCCGAGGAUCAAAUCGAAGCACCCAGAAGGAGUGGCCCCUGGAGCAGACUCAGCCGACGCCGCUCUGAUAACAGCAACAAACGAUCUGACAGUCCCGAAAGUGACAAGCGGGUGUCGAUUGUCAGCAUCCAGAGGCCCUCUUCCAAUCCCUCUGCUAUCGAGAUAGAUGGCUCCCCGCAGUACGACCAGGCUGCCUAUACUUACUCUGUGAGACAAAAUAACAUGAGGCGCAUCCAAGCCGACCUCGAGAGCGAGCAUAGUUCGCGAUCUGUCACGCCUGGAAGUAAGAGAUUCCGUGGGUUAGAGACAGUGGUGGAGGUAUCCGGUGAUCACCAAAGCGAGCGCCAGAGCGGACCGCGACCACGGAGCGGAGUAGAGGUGGAAAUUCCCACCGACGUUUCUGCGGUUGAUAUCACCCGCCUGCCGCAGCCACCACCUGCUGCCAAGCUUUCGGACGAAGGUGUUAAGGUACAUCCUAUCGAUAUCACCACUGGAGACCGCCGACGCAGCAGCUGCCCAAAGCCCGAUACCUCCACAAAGGUAUCGGCAUCAAACGUCGUUCUUCGUGAGCGAGGAUCACUCCUGGAUAUGCCACCUCCCGCCCCAGUCCUCUCUGCUCGCCAGAGUCGCGCCGAUCAGAACGACGAGUCUUUCAGAACUUGGAGACUCUCCCAGUGCAUCCCCCAAGGCGAAAGUCGGACGGCACUCUCUCUUCAACCUCAGGAUAUCCCCCUCCCCCUGGACGAAGACAGCACAGCUGCCGUUGACGACAAGGAUAGCUCUGAGUCCCAGUCUCAAGAUGGUACUUCCAGCAACAGCGCAACCCUCUACGACGCGGAAAAGCCCGAUGACAAGCUCGCGGCAGAGUCCGUUGGUACAUCACAGCCUCCCCGUACUUCGGAAUCUGUACAGUCCCAGGAUGGCAGUGGCUGGGAGACCUGGUUGCUUGCCGACAAACUCCAGUCUCAGAAGGAUUCUAUCGCAGCCCCCGAUGUGACUAGCAAAGAGAAGUACACAACUGUAGUGAGUCGUCGCAACCCUGUUACUGAGGCUGGCGGCGAGAAAGAACCAAACCGUCAACUCUCGAGUCCCAUCAGCUUUCCUCUUCAACAGGAUUCUGAUCCCAAGCCGCGCAUUGCUUCGCCUUUGAAGGACGACUUGGAGGUAAAUACCAAUUUCGUCGGCGGAAAGCUCGCUCCAGUGCUCGAGCCGUUACACUACCCGUCAUCAUCUGUAUACUCUUCAAUGCAGAACACACGCAACACUUCGCCAUCAGGCUUCAAGGAUGUCAGUGGUGACGACGAUCGCAACAGCCUUGCUGAGAGUCUGAUCGAUCUCGAUCUCGCCAACUUUGACUUAUUCAAUGACCUCAAGGAGCAGCGUUCCGAUGAGAGUUAUCGAACUGCCCUAGACAAGAACCCGGACUGGGACACGGCUGUACCUACUAUCGUUCUAUCAGGCAAGAAAGGAUGUGGCGCAGAUGGAAUUCAUACCGAGGAUGAGCACUAUCGCAACUAUGACAUCGCGCAGAGCGUCUCUGCCUUGGAGAAUCAGAAACCCGCCACACUCAGUGGUAUUCAAGGAAUACCUGGUGAACCCGAGACCGAUACUUCCAAUGACGGUAAUGCGCCGUCUCGGAAGUCCUCGUUCCUUCAAUUCCUUGGCAUUCGCAGAAACUCGAGUUCUAGAGGCCGUCGGCAGUCGCAUAGUCAGUCUUCCGCAGAGCCUGAACUGUUGAGUUCCCCGUCGGUAUCGAACCAGAUACUCGAGCCACGGGAGCACAAUGAAAGAAUUUCGAGUCACAGUAUCUCGUCUUCGACGCAACAUGUCCCGAACGACAACGCGUUCACUGCACCUAAGCUCACCGAAAGCGCCACCGUAGUCUGGCAGCGAGCUUUCAAAGUUGCGCAUGAUCAGCGCGAGACGAAAUCCACUGCAGAUUUCAAGAAGUCUGCCAGGGCUAAGGCCAGUAUGGCAACGGUCUCGAUCGAUGGCAACGAAGUCUCUGGCGCUCCAGAAAGAGAUGCUGCCGGAUCUCGCCACGGAGAUGCCAUGGCUCAUGACUUGCUCGCGACACGAAACGCCAGCCAGUCGAGCACUUCUCGGCAGUCUUUGUCUGGUACCAUUAUCCCCAGGAGGUUAGAGAACAACGAGGAUGGCGCAGGCACCAAAUAG